AUGGUGGUCUUUUACAAAAGACCAAACUUCGUAGCUUCGGUUUAUCAAGUCGACAAUAAUCGCAAUAUCGAAGAUAUCUGGGUCGAAAGAAAAGAGCAGAAGAAAUUCAUGAUCAAAAAUGUAGAAAAAGAAAAUAAAAAGAAAAUAGCGAUUCACUCCCAUAUAGUUGUUUAUAUUCAUAAAUUAUGGAACUAUCCAAUCCACGUUCUUACAAGGGAGGGAGGCGUUAAUAUAGCGCAUGAUGUAAAUAAUAGAUUUGGAUGGAUAGCAAUGGCAAAUUUAUUUUUCGUCUUUCCUUUAGCAUCUCGGAAUUCAAUUUUCAUAUCGAUUUUAGGAAUUCCUUUUGAACGAGCUAUAACAUUUCACAGAUGGGUAGGAAGGAUGGUAUUUUUUUGCAUCAUGUUUCAUGGAUUCGGACAUAUUCAACAAAGAUAUCGUGAACUUCAAGACGUUCACGAAACAAUUUUUGGAAACGUAGUUUAUGGGAUUUAUAUUUUUAACUGUAAUUUAUUUAACUUCUUUAUCGGAUUUUUAAUUUAUAGUAACUUACAUGACGCGGCAAACAUCCUAUUUGAAGGGGUUGGGAUUAUUAUUUAUGCGAUUGACCUUGGCAUUAGAACUUACGUUGGUUUCAAACAAUCAAAAGUUACAAGUUAUGAAGCGUUACCAGGAGCUGGUCAAUAUAUUUUCGUUAGAUUUUCUAACAUAAAUCAUCCGUUUAAACGCGUUGCUUGGCAUCCUGUUUCCAUCUCUACUGAUGAAAAUGACGAUCAAUUUUCAAUUCAUAUAAAGAAAAUCGGAGGUUAUACAAAUGCACUUUACGACACGUUUGCGUCAAGUAAGAGUACAAAUCAAUUGGUUAUGAACAUUGAGGGUCCCUACGGAAAACAAAGUUUACAAUUUAUGGAUUAUGAUAUUGUGAUGCUAAUCGCCGGUGGUAUAGGAAUAACUCCAAUGAUAAGUAUAUUAAAAGAUUUAGUAAAUCGACAAAUUAAUCGAAUGCCAAUUGCCACGCGAUCGAUUUAUUCGUGUGGGUCAUUCCCAAUCUCGGUAGAUGUCUACAAUUGGUUCUCGAACGAUAUAACAAAAGUUCACCAAAUUAUCAGGAUAUAUUUUAGAUCUAGAUUUUAUGUAACCCGUCCGACCGAAAACAAUGGCCUCCAAACUUCGGAAUUACAAAUUUUACACGACGGAAGACAAAGUUACUUUCAAACAUGCAAGCCAUUAGGAGAUGUAGCUGUUGGCGUUUGUGGACGAUUAAAGGAACGAUUUCUGCCAGCGUAA